AUGGAUACUUGUUCUUAAAAAUAGAUGAGUUUGAAGUAAUUAGGUGAUGUAAUGUUUCCUCUUGGAUUCAUCACUUAUGGUGGUCCUUUGGCCCAUCUUAACGUACUUAGAGAAAUAUUCAAAAAUUACACAACAGAAGAUGAAUUUCAAGAAUUCUUUGCAUUAUGUCAAACAUUACCUCGACCAACUUCAACUUAGAUGGUUAUAGCAGUUGGAGCUAAUCUUACUCAUAGUUGUUUUGGUGGAUUAGUAGCAUUUCUAUAUUUUAGUAUGCCAUCUGCUUUUGUUAUGAUGAUACUAGGUUUAACAGUGCCUAAUUUAUCAAUACCUUGGAUAUAAUUAAUGAUAAAUGGUUUUAAAUAUCCUUCAAUUGGUGUCAUAAUUGAAGCAGCUUAUAAAUUAUCUAAUGGGGCCAUAAAAAAUAAAUUUCACUUUUUUUUGUGGAUUGUAAGUGCAAUCUUAACUACUUUUUUUCCUACACCCUCUAUUGCAAUUCUUAUGAUAGUAAUAGGAGAAAUUUCAAACUAUAUAUCUGAUAGAUAAAUUGGAUAAUACCUAAUUCCAUUGAUGAAUAAGUAUAACACACUUUUGAUAGUUGGUUAUUAGGAUAUAGAUCAUUGAUU